AUGUUCGGUGAUCCCGACGAAGUCGCCACGGCCGAGCGUCACCUCUACAACCUCCGCCAGCGUGGCUCCGCCUCGAGCUACGUCGCCGACUUCACUCGCUAUGCUGCUAUCGUGAGCUGGAACGAUGAGGCCCUCUGUGCCCAGUUCUACCGAGGUCUCAAGGACACUAUCAAGGACGAGCUGGCUCGUACCGAGAAGCCUAAGGACCUCAAGACGCUCAAGGAUAUCGCAGUGCGCAUCGACACCCGCCUAUUCGAGCGCCACUUGGAAAGGGACCGCUCUUCGACUAAGAGCCUCGACAACCGCUACGUCCCUCGAAACCCCAACUUCAAGACCACGAUCACCAAGGCUACUUUCACCCCUCGGCCCGCUUUCCGCCAGGACUACGACAAGCGGGACCACCUCCAAAUGGGAUUCAACACCAUGCCCCCGAACAACAAGUUCCGCGGCAAGAUCCCCAACGCCGAAUAUGAGCGACGGAAGAGAGAAGGCUUGUGUCUCUACUGCGGCGGCAAGGGCCACACGGUUCACCACUGUCCUGUGGCGCCGCCUAGCCGUCCCAAGUUCAAGUCUUCCCCUUCGCGUGCCAACCUCUCUAUUGGCACUACCGUCAAGGGUUCGGGAAAAGCCUAA